UUCACGUUUCCAAGGCAAACAUUGGCGGUAAGGCGUCUUUUAUGUUUUAGCAGUAUUCCUCAGAGAAAAGAAACAAGGAAUCCGCUUGGGCCUGUCAUUUCCUUUUACCCGUAGUGAUUCCCUCGUAACAGCGAUUCAAGCCAGUCCCCGCAACAUGUUCAUAACAGUGAAAUUUGCAGAUGACAAAAGCGAACUUUUCAACCCAAAUUGUAGAAAUAGUCUACUGCUGAGUAACAUCAAGGAAAGAUGUGAUUGUGAAGAUGAUGAUUUUAUCGACCUAUCUGAUGAGAGUGGUUCGCUGAAAAAUCUUCAAAGUCACCCAAUGGAUUAUGGGACAAAAUACUUGAACGAAAGAGAGAUUCUUAUUCUUGUAAAAGGAGAGAAAACAAAUGGAGAAAAUAUGACGUUUGUGCCGUUAUUGGAAGGAAUGGAAACAAAUAAGGCUUUUUUAGAGCGGCUCAAUCCACCGCCACCAAAACCAGAGAAAAUCCGCUCAGCAACAAGAGAGUCCCCAAGCAGACUUCAGGCUGAAGUGGCACGUGGAAAGAGAGCUUCACUCGCACCCAGGCCUAAACAAAACCAACUGGCACCCCCGGUGAACUCAUCAAGGUCCUUGUCCCCGGGAAGAAGGGGUAGCAGAAUGAGGAGCCAAAGUGUACAGCUAGCGCAAGCUCCGUUAAGUUCUUCGCUUAAUUCAGCAAGACGUGCACGGUAACACAGGCACGGGCAUUUUAUUUUUAUAGCUUUCUUUCGGUUCAGGGAUUAGUUCAAGGAUUAGAAGAGGUAUUUCAGGCCGGCAGGUUAGUUUGUGAGUGGUUGUUGAGCCUCCACCGCUGAGUCUAACAGAUGGCUAAUGUAGAUUUAAGUGGAACGUAACGUUCCACUAACUGCUGUGGAGAGAACAGACAUAGAUUUGCUUUGCUUGAGUACUGAGCAGGAUUGCACCAAACAUCUCCCCUCCCUCCUUAUAGACAGGUCUUUCCUGACAUCGAAAAAAGAACUACAGUCAAACCUAUAGUGAGCAACACUAGGCCUUUAUAGAUUAUGCUAGUAAAAGUAGCAUAUUAUGCUAGUAGCAUUGCUUUUUUGGCGAAAUUAUGCU